CGGCUUUCCCUCCCUCUCCGCUCCUGCAGUCACCGACCGCUUCGGUGAAGGCGAGCGAGGCCGAAAGGAGAGCCCCCCAAAGCCGGGUGUGAAAGCCGAGAAGUCAACCCCCUUCCCUUCCCUCCCACCGCGGCGGUGUGUCGAGAACCUCCGCGCUCCGGCACGGCAGCCCACCGACUCCCGCGGUCGCUUCUCCGUCCACGUCGCCUGGAUUCGAUCGUCCGAGCAGCACCAUGGGAAAUGAAGCAAGUUUCCCCCUGGAGAUGUGCUCGCAUUUCGAUGCUGACGAGAUCAAGCGGCUCGGGAAGCGCUUCAAGAAACUCGACCUCGAUAACUCGGGCUCGCUCAGCGUGGAGGAGUUCAUGUCGCUGCCCGAGCUGCAGCAGAACCCGCUGGUGCAGAGGGUCAUCGACAUCUUCGACACGGACGGCAACGGCGAAGUGGACUUUAAAGAGUUCAUCGAGGGUGUGUCACAGUUCAGUGUCAAAGGAGACAAGGAAUCGAAGCUUCGAUUUGCCUUCCGGAUCUACGACAUGGACAAGGACGGCUACAUCUCCAAUGGCGAGCUCUUCCAGGUGCUGAAGAUGAUGGUGGGCAGCAACCUGAAGGACACGCAGCUCCAGCAGAUCGUGGACAAGACCAUCAUCAACGCUGACCGGGACGGCGACGGCAAGAUAUCCUUCGAAGAAUUCUGCGCCGUGGUCGGCGGUCUGGACAUCCACAAAAAGAUGGUGGUGGACGUGUGAGCGCUCCUCGACCUUCUCCUUCCCGCUCGCUACAGUCCCCGCCCCCUUUCCCCGUCGCGGCCUCCAUCUCUGAAGACAUGCUCAACAAGUAUACAACAUGGGAAGAAAAAAAAAGGUAAAAAAAACGCCGGAGGAAUGAUCUCUCUUUCCGGGAGGCUAACUUGAGAAGAGAAGAGCGAGCGAUAGGAAAAAAAAAGGACUUAAAAGACACGUCGAUGAGGCGGAGAAGUCGCUCGUAUGUUUGUUUAUUUUGUUUGCUGCGUUCAUUACACAGUACUAUCUACUAGAAGUGCCAAGCAGAACAUAUCCACGCACACACACACUUUUAGGGGUGACUAGACGGGCCUGGAGUGAGGAGAAAAGCCGCGGUCCAUUUACCUGGGAAGUCGGAGCAGGGAAUGAAAGUCGUCAUUGUUCCAGUUACGAUGUCGGAAGUCAAGAUGACCGCAUCCAUACUAUUCUUGUUCUUGCCUGAAUAUAAACAUCGUACGGGAAAAUACGCACUUUUUCUGCAACCUUCAAAAACGCUGGACCGUAUGCCACCUGUAUCAGAUUUUUUGUGAACAGUGCAAUUCCGAUUAUUCUCAUCCCCGACCCAGGCCGCUUUCGUACGUGGAAAUAAAUCGGAUAUAUACGCAACGUCAACGCGAACGCUCCCGCGCUCAGAACGCCAUCGAAAAAGCGAUAAUUACUCGCCAAAAUAGACGUUUACAAAAUGAGUAGUUGACGACAGAGCACAUAAAAUGUUUUAGGAACUCACGUCAUCAAGCAGACAUCGCAGCAAAAUAUCUCGUAAAACUGCCAGAGCCGAAGUACUUGUCCGCGUACAGGUCAAGUUAGGAAUCACUUUUUUUUUUUGGUAACGUGAAUGAUUACCUAAAAAGAUCGGAUUUGACCAAAAAAAAAAUCCGACUUGGACGUCCGAACCCUGCAGUGUGAACGUAGCCUUAGAGCGACGUAAACUAAUCAUAAGCGCUACUGGCUAGUGAUGUGCGAUACCACUCCUUUGCUUUCCCGGGCUGGUAGCGGCGAUUCCGAUCCGAUAUUGAUGCUUUGCGCAAAUAUACGUAGCGUGUCUGGCUAAAGUAAAAAAAAUUGUGUAUUUCUGGGGUUGCUGAUUUUAUCUUCAAACGAUGUAUCAUUUUAAUUGCCAGUAGUUUUUGUCAAUAAACGCACUUACCUAGGCGGAUAACAUCCCUAAAAUUAAUCAAUUCUAACUGAAUUAAUAAGGAUAUAUAUAUAUAUAUAUAUAU